UUACAGAGAUUAAGAAGAAGACUGCCACAGUCUCUCUUGGAUGUCCUGUGGAAGUUAGAACACGUAUUCUGGAGAGGCUGAAAGGAGACCAGGAGAUAUGGUGUUCAUGUUCGCUUCCACAGAACCCAACCCUUGGAAAAAGAAACACCCCAUGGCAAGAGAUCUUCCCUAAAUAGGACAGAAGCUAUUAAAGGAUCUCCUCCUCCGCCUUCCCUGUGCCCAAACUCUGCCGAUCUCUCAUCCCAUGAAGAUGACUGGGUGGAAGAAGAAGCUCUGCCGGGGUCAUCAUCUGUGGGCCCUGGGCUGCUAUAUGCUGCUGGCCGUUGUUGCUCUGAGGCUUUCUCUCAGGUUGAAAUGUGAUGUAGAUUCCUUGGAUCUGGAGUCCCGGGGCUUCCAAAGUCAGCGUUGUAGAGACGUCUUAUACAAGAACCUGAAGCUGCCAGCAAAGAGAUCGAUCAACUGUUCUGGGAUCACACGAGGGGACCAGGAAGCGGUGAGCCAGGCUCUCCUGGACAACCUGGAAGUCAAGAAGAAGCGGUUGCCUUUCACUGACACCGAUUACCUCAACAUGACCAGAGACUGUGAGCGGUUUAAGGCCCGAAGGAAGUUCAUACAGUUCCCACUGAGCAAAGAAGAGUUAGACUUCCCCAUUGCAUACUCGAUGGUGGUCCAUGAGAAGAUUGAAAACUUUGAACGGCUGCUGCGAGCUGUGUAUGCCCCUCAGAACAUAUACUGUGUCCAUGUGGAUGAGAAGUCCCCAGAAACUUUCAAAGAGGCAGUCAAGGCCAUUAUUUCCUGCUUCCCCAAUGUCUUCAUGGCCAGUAAGUUGGUCCCGGUGGUUUAUGCCUCCUGGUCCAGAGUGCAGGCUGACCUGAACUGUAUGGAAGACUUGCUCCAGAGCUCGGUGCCAUGGAAAUACUUACUGAAUACAUGCGGGACAGACUUCCCCAUAAAGACCAACGCCGAGAUGGUCCUGGCCCUCAAGAUGCUGAAUGGGAAGAACAGUAUGGAGUCUGAGAUACCUUCUGAGUACAAAAAAACUCGCUGGAAAUACCGCUACAAGGUGACAGACAGACUGUACCUAACCAGCAAGAUGAAGGACCCUCCCCCUGAUAAUUUACCUAUGUUCACGGGGAAUGCCUAUUUUGUGGCUUCUCGAGCCUUUGUCCAGCAUGUCUUAGAGAACCCCAAAUCCCAAAGACUGAUUGAAUGGGCCAAAGACACCUAUAGCCCUGAUGAACACCUCUGGGCCACCCUUCAGCGUGCACCAUGGAUGCCUGGCUCUGUUCCCUACCACCCCAAGUAUCAUAUCUCAGACAUGACUGCCAUCGCUAGGCUGGUCAAGUGGCAGGACCACGAGGGAGAUGUCAGCAUGGGGGCACCUUAUGCACCUUGCUCUGGAAUCCAUCAGCGGGCCAUUUGCAUUUAUGGGGCUGGGGACCUGCACUGGAUUCUCCAGAACCAUCACCUCUUGGCAAACAAGUUUGACCCAAGGGUGGAUGAUAAUGUCCUGCAGUGCUUAGAAGAGUAUUUACGUCAUAAGGCCAUCUAUGGGACUGAACUUUGAGCUGUACUGUGGGCGGAUUGCUACCUGAGGGCCAGGGGCAUGUGCCAACAUGCCUAGGGCAUGCUGGUACUGUGUGGGGUGGGGGACGAGGGCUGUGGAAUUUGUGGCAUCCCCCAGGGUCAGAGGCCUGCUCCUGGAGUGUGGAGAGUAGAUAUGCUGACUUGCAGACUACUGCCCUGGGUGAACACUGACUGGUAGCUCAGCCCACUUCCAAUAGCUCCUUCAUUCACUUUCUCACUGAGUUCAUAAUAAGAACCAGCUGUCUGGGUAAGUGUGGGAGGAGACCUGGAUUUCAGUUGAAUUGGUAUUGACUUUUCCACUCUCUGGGGGUGCCCAUUCCUAAUAAUUCUAGGCUUGGUAGUGGGGAGAGGACUUUGAUGGACAGAAGGCCUCCUGUUUUGUACUAUUAACUUAAUAAAUAGCUUCUGAUUAAAAUCUCUACCUCUUUUUUUUGGUCUAGCAAGCCAGAAAUAAGAUAAAACCACGAGACUUUUUCUCGUAACUCUUGGUGACAUUUGAAAUCCCUGGUGGCCAGCAAGAGAAUCACCAUUAUUCCUUAGUGACCAUGGCAGGCUGUAUAAAUGGCCAAUGCACAAGAAUGUAAAGCCCCCCUUGUUUUGUUAAUGUUGCCAGAAAAAAAAGCCAGGGUGAUUUAACCAAUGUGACCAUCCAUAUCCUUACAGGAAAAUUACAGCACUAAUUUUGCAAGCUUCACAGCCAAAGCUUAAUGUUCCAUAACAAAGAUUGAAGCAGCCAUUAGGUAAGGUCACCAUAUAAUUUACUGUCAAAACUGGAACUCAUUUUAGUUG